AUGCAAGCACCGGCAGCAGCAGCGGCCGCCCCCGACCCUGUCCCCGCCAUGCAUGCUUCUGUGUCCGCCCUGCGCCAGCCAGCCGCGCAGCCGGCCGCAGGCACAGCCUCCCCAGACCUUCUCCCCUCCACCUCCCCCUCGCUGCUGUCGGAGCUAGUGCCCUCAGAGCGCCGGCUGCCAGCAGGCAGCGAACAGGAUGCCACACCCUCCUCAGUCCUCCACCGCCGCCAACCCAGCACACCCGGCAGCACCGGCCAGCCGAGCCUGGGCUCCCAAACUGCUGGGAGUGACGCCGCCGCCACCCCGCGGCAGCAGCAGCCCCAGCCGCGCCAGCCGGCCUCUGCCAGCAGCGCAGCCAGUGGCGGCAGCUCCGUGGCGGCAGGAGGGGUGCUGGCCCAGCUGCCCUCCAGGACACGGCGCCAGCUGGGCAAGCUGCUGCGCCACAAGCCGCCGCCGGUGCCGGCCGCGGCGGCGCCGCCGGGCAGCCCUGUGGGAGCCACCCCGCUGCCCCUAUCCAAGUUUUGCAGCGCUGGCGCCGCCCUGUGGGACACUGGAUCAGCGGCCUCGGGCGAUCCGCUGGCAUCGGGCCCGAAGGCAGAGGGCAGCGAGGCCGGCAGCACCAGCGAGCACGCCGCCCCCGGCGGCGGCGGCCCGCUGCUGCGCCGCGCCGACAUCCUCAUCUGUCAGGACCCAUCAGGGCGGCCCUGGAAGCUGGGAGAGGGCGGCUUUGGGCUGGUUUUCAAGGCAAGCCGGGGCCUUUGGGCUGGGGGACUGUGGUACCACUGCAGUACCGCCACGGGCCUGAUGAACGGCGUGGACGAGGUGGCGGUGAAGUGCAUCAAAGCAGAGGUGCCCUCAGACGCUGAGCUGGCCACCUUCCACCAGGAGGUGCAGCUGCUGGCGGGCCUGCGCCACCGCAACAUCGUGCAGGCAAGCACGCACGGCUACUAUGGUGCCUGCCUGGAGCCGGGCAGCCUCUUCUUCGUCACAGAGCUCAUGAAGGGCGGCGACCUGUACACCGCGCUGCGGCGCCACCCGGCCGCGCUGCGCUGGGAGCGGCUGGGGCGGCGGGUCGCGCUGGAUGUGGCUCUGGGUCUCAACUACCUGCACAGGUGGCCUGAGGAGGGUGUGGCCAAGAUUGCGGAUGUGGGCAUGGUGCGCCCGCACAUGGCCGACCUGCUCACCGCCCAGCCACUCAUGACGCCUCUGUGGGCGGCGCCCGAGGUGCUGCGCCGGGAGCGGGCUGGUGUCAAGGCCGACAUCUUUAGCUACGGUCUGCUGGUGUGGGAGCUGGUGAGCGGGGCCGACAUCGCCGACCGCCAGCCGCUGGCGCUCACCCGCUCGCUGCCCCCGCAGCACCAGGCCAGCGGGGCGGCGGCGCUGGCGCCGGUGGUGGCGAUGCCGGAGGGGGCGCCGCCGCUGGCGGCCCACAUCUUUGCCGCCGCCACCCAGGCCGACCCGGCGCUGCGCCCCAACGCGCAGCAGAUUGCGGAGUGGCUGCGCGGCGUGUGA